AUGUAAUUGGGCUAGGGUCCAACACUCCAACUUCGAUACCAACUCCUACAACUGCUCCCCACAGGCCGCGAACGUAAAUCGCAACUACCGACACGAAUGCAAGGGAAAUCACCAUCGGAGAGGAUGAAGUGGAGCUCAGUGAUCGGAACGAUUCUACGACGGGGGGCCUCGAAUCUUGCCGGACUUUCCGCGCCGCCGAUUCUCGGGGAAACCGCUGCUCCCCUGGCGAACCUAAUCUCCUCAUCAAAUGCUCCUAUAUCCUGGAAAUUCCUCCUCGGCAGUCCCUCGUUCGCCACCGCAGCCACGGCCUCAGCUGUCUUCCACGCCUCAACUCCACUGCAGUUCAAUAGGAGCUUCAGCUCAUCGGCAGGUUUAGGUUCAGGUUCAUCAAACGUUGUGCUGAUUAAGACAGAAGAGGAGUUUAAUAGCUCUCUCAAAGACGUUCAAGAUAAGUCGUUGCCCGCAGUCUACUACUUUACCGCUGUGUGGUGUGGCCCAUGUAAGUUUAUAUCUCCUGUCGUCACCCAACUUAGCAAGGAAUACCCUCAUGUACCGACUUACAAGAUCGACAUUGAUCAGCCAACGCUCCACUUCUAUCAAAAUGGCAAAAAGGCAGCUGAAAUUGUGGGUGCUGAUGUUAAUCGCCUGGAAGAAACAAUGGAAGAACUCUAUGGGAAAGACUAGUCGAAGAUGCAGGGAACUAAGUCGAAUCAUCAAUGCGAUGCUGCAACACUUGAGUAGGCUUGAGUUUUACACAGCUGUCUUCUGAUAUUUCUGCAAGUACUGCGAGACAUACAAAGUGGCAUGUAAUGAGUUUAUAAAGUGUAAUCCAUGGUAUUUUCCAGCUACACCGGCAGGGUGUUGCAGAUUUGGAGAUGUCUGUCACUUAGGCUUUGCUAUUGAUUUGUUUUUAUUUAUGUAUUUAGUAGAUAGAAAUAUGAUAUGCGCUACCUAAAUUGUGUGAAUAGGUUGUGUUGUUGAUAGCAGACCUUCAAUUCAUGAAGCUAUUGCCUAUGGUUGCUGGGAUUGGAAGAACGCAGUCCUCCCAGCUGCCUUGCCUUUGCUGAGUGGGUGAGAAAGCCAAUACUGGUUAACAUCGCUG